CGUUGCAGUGUGUUGUCACAUCACAUCCUUAUCUUCUGAUUCCAAAAGUAAAAGACAAGAAAUCUCACAGUUUAAUCUUGGCCGCUGAUAUCAUUUCACCACGAUCUCAACCGUUGCAAUGUAUUUUCCUUUCCUAUAUAAUCUCACACUUCUCAUUCAAUUUGAUCACAUCUCUUCAACAUAUUUCCUAAAUAGCUAUAUUUUCUUCAAAAAUGUCUUCCAUUCGCGGUUCUUCUUACUCAGUAGAGGAAGAUGUGCACUUGUGUCAUGUCUAUGUUGACAUUUCUCAAGAUCCAAUCGUAGGAAGAAACCAAUCAGGUAAUAAUUUUUGGGCAAGAGUUCAAUCAGAGUACCACAAAGAUGGAAAAUUUAGUAAUAAACCUCGCCCAGUAAGAUCUUUGCAAACUCGAAUGUCUACUAUUAAUAGUGCAGUUGCAAAAUUAAGGGGAUGUAUCAACCAAAUUGAAAAUAAAAAUCCAAGUGGUGCUUCAGCAGAAGACAUUUUAAUUCAAGCGAAGAUGUUAUUAGCCCAAGAUAAAAAGUACGAUAAAGGCUUUAAAUUUGAUCAUGUGUGGCAUAUCCUCAAAGGUAUUCAAAAGUUUUCAAAUGAUGAAAACAUCAAUGCACCACGUAGAUUCCAACACGAAGGUCCUAGUUUCACUUCAUCGAAAUCAUCAUCUCACAAUUUUGAGUCUCCAACAUCGGCAUGCACUGGUAUGAGUUCAUUUGAUCUAAACAUGAAUAAUGAGGAAAUGAAUACUUAUCCAACAGAAAGACCAUGUGGUGUAAAAAAAGCAAAGGAAAAACAAUUAGGUAAUGAUCAAUUCAACAAACUAAUGGAACAAAAUAAAGAACUCAUUAAAGUUAUUGAAAAGAGUAACAAGGAUAGAAAUGAACGUCACAGAAGAAAGGCUGACGAAAAAUUUUUAUUCACGGAUUUGAAUUCUAUAUCCGAUCCAGAGUUUCAUAAGUACAUUCAAAGUGAAAAAAGACGAAUUUACAAAGAAAGGGCACAAACAUCCGAAGUUGGAGAACAAGGAGAAGGAUCUCAAUAUGAGGGAUCUCAAUAUCAGGGAUAUCCAAAUCAGGGAUCUCAAUAUCAGGGAUCACAAUAUGAGGGGUCACAAUAUCGAGCAUCUCAAGAUUCGGGACAUGGCGUUGAAGAUGAAGAUCAACGAUCUCAAGAUCAAGGUGAAAGAGCUGAAAAUGACUCACAAGUUUAUAGUCCGUAUUAUGACUAUCUUGGCGGAUCAAGAAAUAAUCUUCCACAUUAUUAAAUUGUUGUAUCUCAUUUUGUCAUUGAAGGUUCGUAUCUGUGUUAUUACUUUUCCGUUUAAUGUUUGGUGUGUUGUAUUUUAAUUUUUAAAUGUAUGUUUAAGUUUGUAAUGUUUUUAUUAUGUAUUAUUGAGUGUGCUUUAAUUUUAUAAUGUUCUGUUGUGUAAUAUAAAAUAUGUGUACUAUUGAUUAAUAAGAAUAUGAUGUUUUAGUGUGUUUAAUUUUAA